AUGAUAUCGCUCAAUAUACCGACCACUCACAAUGGCAAGGUGUUCACAGCAGCAGCGGCACUCGUCUUGUGCUGGACCAUCGGCCUCAACCUGCCCCAUCGAGCAGACGACGAACAUCUGACUUAUAAGCCAUCAUCUAUCAAGUUUGGGCCGCCAUACCUCUCCCGUCCAGAGAAGGGCCAUGGAGUUGCUUCAUCGGAUCUUGCGACCCUGUCGGACCAGACAGAGGAAUUUUGCUCCCAUUUCCAUCUGGAGGUUCACAACUCCACAAUCAUACAGGAAGACGGUCAAGUAAUACAAGGGCCCCCAAGGAAGAUUUACGACCUACUGCUCAUCGACCCUGGAACUUCACUGGAUGCGCUUGAACUGCACCUGGCACAGAUGUCCCCGUUCGUGGACUUCUUCGUCUUACUUGAGGCUCCAACUAUCAAGCCUCCCGCUCCGGAAGUUGCCCCUGAGCCUCAAUGGUGGGAGCGCGAUCUUUCAAAAUUAUCCGGUCCCAGCUCUGUGUCCCCCCCUGACGAUUCGGACAUCGACGCCCCGCAUAUUCUGGACCAGAUAUGGGAUACCGUCCUCUAUCCCUACCACAAGAAAAUCAUACGUCGAAACCUCUCUCAAUCCUCGUCCGACUUCGCCCCCGGUAAGGAUCAUCCAGCGGCGGCUCGCAACGCUGUUUACUCACAAGUCGUACCGCUCCUGAUGGGCUCUCAAAAGGCGGCAUUAGGAGAUGUGCUGUUGGUGUCGGACGUCGAGGAACUUGUGCGUCCUGACACCAUGGAGGUUCUGAGAUAUUGCCAAAUUCCCCAGAGGGUAACUAUCCGGACGAGGAAUUACUGGUACAGCUUCCAGUGGUUCAAGAUCGAAAAUCCCAAGGACACAGCAAAAGAGAAGAACCCUCCGAAGAAGGCACUGCGAUCUCUGCAUGCGCGGGAUGAAAUAAAAGACAGGGACGCAGCGAAGGAAGACUCCGAUGGCUCCAGCCCCGAGUGGUGGUCACAUCCCCAGGCGACCUUGUACCAGGGGCCAGAGACUGUUUUCCCAAAUGACCUACGCAAGGACAGAUCCAAAGAUGACUACGUCUUCGGAAACGGGGGUUGGACCUGUCAGCUUUGUUAUGGAACGAUCACGAACAUACUAUCCAAAGCAGGUCAGCAAGGACUAAUCUGGUAUGAUGGUCCUCGGUGGAAAGGUGCCGGUAGAAUUGUGGACCGAAUGAGGAGGGGCGUUGACCUCUUUGAUCGGACUGAACUUAGCCGGAUUGAGUCCAACCCCGACAUACCCUCAUUCCUCAGUGUCAACGCACAUCGUUUUCCAUGGUUGCUUGACCGCGACCCCCACGGCGCCAACUUCAAGGAUUUUAACGAGGCGGAGUUUGCACAAUACCUCUCUAAAAAGAAAGAAGUAGACGCUGAGAAGGAUACCGAGGUCGCGUCCGCGCCGGGCAAGGUCUGGAAUCUCGCCAGCACCCAGGCUCACAACGAUCCAGAGUUUGCACCGUCAGACAAGGACUUGCCCUUGUCACCAGGCCCGCUAAAUGAUCUACCUCCGUUGAAGCUUCCCCCGCCGCCGGAACUGAGCGAUGCAGACAAGGCAUAUCUGAAGAAGAUCAAGGAGAAACCCGGGUCCAUGCUGACGGUGACAGAGAUGGCGCUUUUGGACCAGCUUUCGAUGGGUGAAAAUGCUCUGCUGCCCCCGCUUACGUACGGGGAGGAUUGA